AUGCCAUAUCUUUCUGAAGAACUUUAUCAACAUUUACCUAAACCAAAUAAUGGGCAAAGUUCAUCACCUAGUCUUUGUGUUACAUCAUAUUCACAAUCAAGUGAAUUUAAUCAAUAUCGUAAUAAAACUAUUGAAAAAUAUAUUGCAAUUAUUACUGGCGCUAUUAAAAAAAUUAAUUCACAUUAUUCAACACCUGAAUUUCCUCGUCAUGAAGCAGUUACUCUUUGUAUCAAAUCUUCAUCAUCAACAUCGACAGAUUUUAAGGAAUAUCUUGAACUGAUUAGAUCACUUACGAAUAUUGACAAUAUUCAAAUACUUAAUAAUGAACCAACAGCUGAUCAAAACGAAUAUAUGCACAUCGCAACAACAUCGGAUCAUAAGAAACUUUAUUUUAAAUUGAAUGAUGACUUAGAAUAG